UUUUACCCUUUAUAACCUAAAAACUACAUCUAUAUAUAGCUCCAGCACUCCCGAAUUCAUGUUCAAUUUUGAUACAAUCUUUUUACAUUAGUAUAGAAUGGUGGAACAGAAUAAAUAAAAAGAACAGCAAAGAAUAAUUGUUGCAAUAAUCAUUUUUUUUAUUCAUUGAAUCAUAAUGCAUAAAAUUGUAUAUUAGAAUAGCAUAUAGAAAUAUUCGUCUGCAAGAUGACAACAGAAGUAGAUAAAUUGGAAAACGAACAAGCCACGCAUUUGAAAACUCAAUUCGUUGGCCUUGAUGGAGAAGCAGGAGAAACAAGGUGUUUACUUUGCGAUGUGAAAUUCAUUUUGCCUACUUGCGAAAAACAAUUUCUCUCACACUUAUUCGAAACUCAUCGUCUCGUCAUUGGCGAUGUUUGGAAAAUUGCUAGCCUUCGAAGUUAUGUUCACUAUUGGGGUGUAAAGUUUAGGGAAGCCCCAAUAACAACCUAUUGCACAACACUUUUAAUGGAUUGUACUCCUGAUGGAAAAUCAAGCAAGAAUGAAGUUUAUUAUCUACUGUCCGAUUGCAUUAGUGAGGACAAAACUUUGCGAGACGAAUUGCAUAGAACACGAUUGGAUUUGGUCCUAUCGAAACAGGCCUUUGAAAGAACGGACACAGCUUUCAAACGUGGUUGUAUAUUCUGUAGAAUGGAAAUUUCAGGUUUGCGCUCAGAUUAUUUGAAGCAUCUAUCCCAAAAGCACAAUGUUCAAUUGGGAAAACCAGAAAAUCUGGUUUUCGUUGAUGAACUCUUCGAUAGAAUUCACAAUAGUAUCGAAAGUUUAACGUGCAUCUAUUGUGAAAGGAUAUUCAAAGAUCGCAACGUUUUGAAAGAGCACAUGCGGAAGAAGCUACAUAAACGUGUCAAUCCGAGUAACAAAAGUUAUGACAAAUAUUACAUUACGAAUUAUUUGGAGCAAGGCAGCGAUUGGCGCCAGAAACAGGCUGACGAGACAAAUGAUGGAAGUGAUAACGAGGAAGAGGACAGCUCAUGGGGUGACUGGGACGGUGACAACGUUUCCAUAACUUGUUUAAUUUGUCCAAAUUCCGAUGAAGAUUUUACGAAAAUACUUGAACACAUGAGAAAUGAUCACAACUUCGAUUUUUCAAUGUUCACGAAAGACAUGAAUUUUUACGAAAAGGUGAAAGUCGUGAAUUAUGUAAGGCGUCAGAUUUAUGAAAAGAAAUGUAUUUAUUGUGAGGAAGAAACGGAAAAUCUGACUGCACAUAUGCGCGAAAGAGAGCAUGAAAAAUUGCCUUCGUCCGGAGUAUGGAAUCGACCAGAAUUUUAUUUUCCGAUGUACGAGACUGAUUCGUUUCUCUAUAAUCUCGACUCGACCAGUGACAGUGAAGAGGAGAUCUCGGGAAAUUUGACGAAACAAAUAAAAGAAGUAUUGUAAACGCAUCGGAAAAUGUUCAUAAAUGAAAAGAAUAAUUGACCAAAAUGACAAAUUGUUAAAUAUUUAUAUCGUUAUACAUAAAUUUAUCACCAUUUACAAAAAUCACGAAAUAAGGAA